UCCCAGUUUAUGAUGCAAACAAUUGUUUUGAAAAAAUUUUCUUUCUCGUUUUUAAAAGUUUAAGUGUUUUUAGAAUUUACAAUUUGUAAUGACAUAUAAUUAUAGUUAAAAAUUGAUCUAUUUAUUUUGUGUAUGAAGUUUUGUGCACUGUGAUAAAUUAUUGAAAAUUUUUUUGACAAAUUGUAAAUAAUGUUUUACAUUGUCGGAUUUUAAAUGGGUUUGAGAAAUUUGUCAUUUUCUACUUUAAAAUUUUCGAUUCUUGGAAGAAAGUACGGCUACAUUUCCUUGCGCUCUUUGCAAACAUUUAAAAGUAAUGAUGAAAAUAAAUUCGACGUUAUUGUCAUUGGAGGAGGACAUGCUGGAACAGAAGCUUGUACGGCUGCAGCUAGAAUGGGAGCAAAAACACUACUUGUCACGCAUAAAAAAAGCACAGUUGGUGAGAUGUCGUGUAAUCCAUCAUUUGGAGGAAUUGGGAAAGGUCAUCUUAUGAAGGAAGUCGACGCCCUGGAUGGUGUUUGUGGACGAAUUUGCGAUAAAUCUGGAAUUUAUUAUAAAAUUCUUAACCGCAGUAAAGGUCCGGCUGUAUGGGGUUUGAGGGCUCAAAUUGAUCGUAAAUUGUACAAAGAAAAUUUGCAGUCCGAAGUUUUUAACACACAGAACUUGGAAAUUUAUGAAUCCGCUGUAGAAGAUUUAAUACUUCAGAAUGAAUCUCAAUGCUGUGGAAUAAUAUUAAAGAAUGGUACGAAAAUAUUCAGCAGUACAGUUAUAAUAACAACAGGAACUUUUCUUAAAGGAGUAAUUAAUAUUGGUUUAGAGAAGAGACCAGCUGGACGAAUUGGUGACGAGCCAAGUAUCGCUUUAGCGGAUACUUUAGAAAGAAUUGGAUUUCGUAUGGGAAGACUUAAAACUGGCACUCCACCAAGACUAGCAAAAUCGACAAUAGAUUUUUCCCAAUGUAUGAUUAAUCCACCUGACAAAUUACCGACACCGUUUUCAUUUAUGAACGAGAAAGUAUGGUUGGAACCAGAGAAACAAUUGAAUUGCUUCCUAACGUUCACAAAUGAAGCGGCAGCUAAAGUUGUUAAAGACAACUUACAUUGUAAUUUACACGUAACGGAGGAAAUUACUGGACCACGAUAUUGUCCCAGUUUUGAAAGUAAAGUACUAAGAUUUAAAAAAGAUCGUCAUCAAAUUUGGCUCGAACCAGAAGGACUUGAUUCACCUCUAAUUUAUCCUCAGGGAAUGUCUUGCACUUUGCCAGUUGAUAAACAACAAGAACUUUUUAGGUGUAUUCCUGGUUUUGAAAAAGUCGAAAUAGUUAGACCAGGAUAUGGUGUCACUUACGACUACAUAGAUCCUCGAGAACUAACUCAAGAGCUUGAGACCAAAAGAAUCUCUAAUUUAUUCCUCGCUGGUCAAAUAAAUGGAACAACAGGUUAUGAAGAAGCUGCUGCACAAGGAAUCGUCGCUGGAGCAAAUGCAGCUGCAAAAGUCUUGAAAAAACCACCUUUGUUAAUAAGUAGAAGUGAAGGUUACAUCGGAGUUAUGAUUGAUGAUUUAAUAACACAAGGAACAACUGAACCUUAUAGAAUGUUUACAAGCAGAGCUGAAUUUCGUUUGUCCCUAAGACCCGAUAAUGCAGAUCGAAGGCUCACGUACAAGGGAUUUGAAACGGGAAUCGUAUUAAAAGAGCGAUUGGAAAAGACUCGUAAUUUGCACGAAAAAAUGUCGAAUUGCAUCGAAUUGUUAAAAUCCGUUAAAAAAAGUUCGAGUUCAUGGGCAAAACUCCUUUCAAUAAAGAGUACAACAACAGAAUUAAAAACUGCUUUCAAUAUUUUAGGUAUUACAAACUAUGACAUUGAUUUUCAAACUUUAAUUGAAAAAAUGCCCGAAACUUUUGGACAAUUUGAAGGAGAUUUAAUUUUAGCAAACAGACUAAAGAUUGAAGCAAUUUAUGAGCCUUAUGUUGCCUGUCAAGAAAACGAAAUUAAAGAACUUAAAAUCAAUGAACAAAUGCGAAUCCCAAAGAAUUUAGACUACACAUUAGAGUCUUUAAAUCUUUCGAUGGAAGAUAGAGAAAAACUUAUUGCAGCAAGUCCACAAACUAUAGCAGCAGCGAACAAAAUUUCCGGCGUAACACCUUAUGCAAUUUGGAAGCUGAUAAAUUUUCUAAAACGACUUGAACAUGUUUCAUAGUUGUUUUUUAAUUUGCGUGUACAGCAUUUGUAUUAUUUGUAAAUAAAUAAUGUCUUAAUUUA